AAACGUAGAUGUCAAAAUACAAAAUGGCCACGGGACUCUCUCUUGGAAUCUGCGACUUGGUUUAGAUUCCUAUUUUUGUAUAAAAUAAAAAUAUAUUUACCAUUUUUAAUUACUGUGAUUGUUAAUUUUCUUUAAUAUGGACGCGGAAGAAAACCGUAAACGCAAGAAAGGUAAGCAUCGUGAAGAUGAUAGUCGUAAGGAAAAGAAGUCUAAAAGAGCUCGUUCUAGGUCUCCUUCCCAGGAUAAAGACCAAGAUAGAGAUUCAUAUCGAAAGCGGAGGCAUUCCAGAUCACAAUCACCAGCCGUCAAGCGUGAAAGAGAUGACCGCAACCGCGAGGAACCCAAAGAACCGGAGAUUAAAAAAGAUGUUCCCGAAAGGAAAGCCAAAGAUAUAGACAUGCUGAACACGAGAACUGGUGGUGCUUACAUACCACCAGCGCGGCUGCGGAUGAUGCAGGCGCAGAUCACGGACAAGUCGUCCAUGGCGUACCAGAGGCUUGCAUGGGAAGCCCUGAAGAAGUCUAUACAUGGUCAUAUUAAUAAAAUUAACGUGGGCAAUAUAGGAAUUAUUAUCAAGGAAUUAUUGAAGGAGAACAUAGUCCGAGGACGCGGUCUCUUGUGCCGUUCAGUCAUACAAGCCCAAGCGGCGUCACCAACAUUCACAAAUGUUUAUGCAGCAUUGGUAGCCGCAGUGAACUCUCGCUUUCCAAACAUUGGAGAAUUAUUACUCAAAAGGUUAGUCAUCCAAUUUAAAAGGGGUUUCAAACGGAAUGACAAGCCUACAUGCAUAUCAUCAGCCUCAUUUAUUGCACAUUUAGUGAAUCAACGAGUUGCACAUGAGAUUAUUGCUUUAGAAUUGUUAACUCUACUUGUAGAGACUCCUACAGAUGAUUCUGUUGAGGUAGCAAUAGCAUUCCUGAAGGAAUGUGGUCAGAAGUUGAGUGAGGUGUCGUCAAAGGGUGUGAAUACCGUGUUUGAAAUGUUGCGUAACAUUUUGCAUGAAGGUCAGCUUGACAAGCGCGUGCAGUACAUGAUUGAAGUGAUGUUCCAAGUAUGGAAGGACGGGUUCAAGGAUCACCCGGCGCUGAUCGAGGAGUUGGAGCUGGUGCCGGAGGAGGAGCAGUUUACACACUUGCUAAUGUUGGAUGAUGCCACUGACCCUCAGGAUAUACUGAACGUCUUCAAACAUGAUGAUAAGUAUGAAGAAAAUGAGGAGAAAUACAAGACACUAAGCAAAGAGAUCCUAGGAUCUGAUGCGGAGUCAGGGGAAGAUGGCUCAGGAGAAAGUGGCAGCGAAGAGUCUGAUGACGAGGAAGAAGACGGGGAACAGAAGGAAGUAACCAUCAUUGACAAUACAGAGACAAACUUAGUAGCAUUAAGAAGGACCAUAUACUUGACCAUUAAUUCAAGUUUGGACUUUGAGGAAUGUGCACAUAAGCUGAUGAAGAUGCAAUUGAAACCAGGACAGGAAGUAGAACUCUGCCAUAUGUUCCUGGACUGUUGUGCAGAGCAGAGAACAUAUGAGAAGUUCUAUGGAUUACUCGCACAACGCUUCUGCAAUAUUAACAGAAUGUACAUUGGUCCGUUUGAGGAAAUCUUCAAAGAAUCAUAUAGCACAGCUCACCGAUUAGACACAAAUCGAUUAAGGAACGUCAGCAAGUUCUUUGCACAUCUGCUGUUCACUGAUUCCAUAAGCUGGGAGGUCAUGGAGUGUGUAAAACUCAACGAAGAAGACACAACAAGCUCAAGCCGCAUUUACAUCAAGAUCCUGUUCCAGGAGUUGGCGGAGUACAUGGGGCUGAAGAAACUGAAUGAUCGGUUGAAGGAUCCGACGCUGCAGGAGGCAUUCGGCGGGGUGUUCCCGCGCGACAACCCCAAGAACACGCGCUUCUCCAUCAACUUCUUCACCAGCAUCGGGCUCGGGGGGCUCACGGAUGAGCUCCGGGACCAUCUCAAGCAAAUGCCCAAGAACGUGCCGCCGCCGAUCACGCAGAUCCAGGUGUCCAGCUCGUCCAGCAGCGACUCCAGCUCCUCGUCCAGCGAGUCUUCCAGCUCCAGCGAUUCCGAAGAAGAGAGCAAAAAAGAUAAGCGCAAGAAAUCCAAGAAAGACAAAAGUAAAGACAAAGCCAAGAGUCCAGAAAAAGAGAAGGACAAACCUGUGGAGCGCUGGGGGCACGACGGGUUCUACGACCAGCACGGGCCCGGCGCGGGACGCGGCGCGGGGCCUCGUCGGCACGACGACGGGUUCGCCCGCCCGCAGGACCCGCCGAGGCGGGACAGGAGAAACGGCGAUAGCCGAAGAGAAAGAGGUCAAGAUGAUUCUAGAAGACAAGACGGAAGAAACGAUGACAGACGCAGAGACGACUAUAGAAGUGACAGGGAUAGCGGUUACGAGGACUCCAGAAGACACCAGGAAGAUGUAAGGAACGAAGGGCGACGAAGAGAUGAUUCGAAAAGCGGCAGAGAUAGCGGAAUUGAAGACCGACGUAGAGAUGACUCUAGGGAUGAUUCUAGAAAGAAUAGAGACGGGCGGGAUAAAGAUGAUACUAGAGAAAGGAAAAGAGACAGCGACGACCGGCGACGGAGAGACGAUAGAGGAAAAGAUCGUGAUGAUAGCGAAGAUGACAGAGACAGGCACAGGGAAAACAGAAGCAAAAGAAGUGAAAAAGAUAAAAGCAGUAAAGAAAUACGGAACAAUAGAGAUGAAAGUGAUAGCGAUUCCGAAGAUGACAGGAUCAAAAAUAAAGAAAGAAAACGCCGAGAUUCGAGCGAAGACAAGCGAGGUAAAAAGAAAAGUAAAAAGAAAUCUGAAAAGGAGAAUAUUGAAAGUGAUCGGAAAAAGGAUAGAAGGAAAGAAAGUAGUUCUGAAUCUGAAAAUGAGAGGAGUUCUAAACAUGGGAAAGAAGAUGGCUGGGAUAUAAGAAGAGCAAGCAGUAUAAGAAGAGAGGCUCCUACUGGGUACUGGGACAGUUACAAAGUAGAUCCGAGGGAGGAAAGAAGAUCUAAAGAUAGGAGGAAGCGCUAGUAGAAUUGUGCUCUAAACAACACAACGGCCGCUUUUUCACUCGGAAGCGUGUACAACUAAGUGAGGGAACGACCUUAAUCGCAAUUCAACUACUAUAAAAGUAGUACUACAAAAAUUCUUUUGGAACAUGAUGAAGUGUAAAAUAUCCGAUAUGUAAAGACUUAGGAGUAAUUCCAUUUGUUAAAUAAGUUAUAAAUUAAAUGAAUGUGAACAUA